AUGACAAAACAGUUUAUUAAAAUCGCGCCUAAAGCUCCCACUAAUACCUUUCAACCGAUCGUUUAUUCAAAUUUCACGUACGAAACCAACAGUAACAAUCAGCAACAUAUAACCCCGUCUAACCAUUAUACUAAUGAACAAAGACAAACCCAUAAGAAUUUCGGAUGUAUUAUUAACCCACAGGACUGCUUCCGUCAUGAUUACUUGCAUCCGGAACAAUUGCCCUAUAAAAUCAGCUUGAAUAACAAAAUUGAGACAACCGCGGUUGCGAAAAAUACAUUGAGCUCAAGGCCAUUUAACUCCGAUUCAACUUUUCAUUUCUCAGCAACAGCGCAGCCCUCAAACGAAGCAAGAAUCGGUACACAAAUGAGAACCUCAAAUGAUUCCUUACUACUUCCAAAUGGCAAGCAACACGAUAUGGAUAUUAACCCAAACGUUACCCAAAUAUUAAAAGCUAAGCGCAAAAUAUUGUGCAAAGAACCAAGUAAUCAAUUUCACAAAUAUAAGCAAACUAAGUUUAAAAAUAAUAAUUUAUCCGAGGAAAUUUCUUCACAAUCAGCAAAUCAUAAAAUUGAAUUAAAACAACAAAAAAAAUAUUCAACCAAAGUAUAUUUAGAUGAAGAUUCAUUAUCGGAAAUAGCUGAUCAAGCAUUUAAUCAAUCCAAAAAAUUCAAGCACACACAACCUACUGAAACAACCUCUCUUCACAAUCAACACCCUUUCAAUACUUUUUCUCAUUAUUCCUCCUUUGCACCAAGCUAUCUAACUUCCCUACAAUUCACGAACACACAAGCAUAUCCCAAUAAUAAUCACAAUUUACCGACUACAGAAACUAGAUUCGAUUUUCACUUCAACAGCAUUGAUUCUGAUAAUGAUUUUCAAAAUAAUAACCUUCGUAAAGAUUUUCCGAAACUUUCGUUUCUCCACGAAUAUGCUUACAACAGCAAUAUCAAACAGUCGAAUUUUGACCCACAUAAAGGCAAAGAAAUUGAAAAUUAUUAUUUAAAAUAUCAACCAGAUCAGAACUAG